UAUUUUAAGUAUAUCAAAAGUGUAUAGUUGCAUAUUAUUUAUAUAUAAAAAAUUAAUUUGAAAAAAUUUCAAAAGCUGGUCACAUAAAAAAGUGUACUAAUAACAGCUGAUACUGCUACUGUCACAACACUGUUUUGUGGAACUGUCAAAAUAGUCAAAACUCAGUAAAAAUUCAUGGAGAAUCGAUUAGUUUUGAUAUUGGCAAAUAGUGAAUUUUUCAAAGAAUAAUAAUAAAUUACUAAUAAUUGUUAAGCAGCAAAAAAUGAAUCAACUUUCGCGCAAUAAUUUGCAAGAAUUUUGUCGUACUUGUUUGAGGAGUUUGCAGAAACGUCGCAGACGCGAGAAGGAGGAUACGCCUACUAGUUUUCACAAGCCGAAGGUUAAUCAUGGAGAUACUGAAAAUGAUGCUGAAACAAAUCAUAGUUACAAUCUGCGUUUGCUACCACAAUUACAAAAACUAUUCGUGUUAUUCACUUCCUUGGAUAUAUCCGAGGAUAGCGAUGAAGAUGCUUACCCACGUAGUCUCUGUCAGCUGUGCUAUGAUAAAAUGAUUGAUUUCCAAGAGUUUCGGAACUUGGCUAUUAAUUCAGCGGAAGUCCUGUACAAAAUUGUCAAUAGUUUAGACGAUGAAAUGUCCAAAGUUCCGCCUGAUGUGCAAGCUUUUCAAGGUAUAGACAGUGCUAAAGAGAUAAAAAUGGAGCCUGAGUUGGUGGAAAGUAAUUACCAAAGUAAUGAUGAUGAAGAUGAUGAUCAGUUGCUUAUACCAGAACUAGCGCCAUUGAUGGAAAUACCAAUUAAAGCAGAACCUGAAAACUGUUACAAGUCAGAUUCGGAGAUAAUUUUACCAAACGAUGAUAAUUCGGUUAAUUCAUCGGGUGUGGUUGUUAAGCAUGAAAUUGAUUCUGAAUACGAGGAAGAUAUGUCGUUAUUCUACGAACGGAAUGCAUUAGGCACAGCAGAUAACUCAAUUAGCGAUGAUGCAGAUGACGAGGAAUAUGCUUUACGAAAUGGUGCAGCCAAUACAUCCAGUACGUCUCUCAACAACUCGCCAAUAACUGUGGGCGGAAGACAACGAUUUUGUGGUUCCUCUCGUAAACGCGAUCGCAAUAAGAAAUCAUUAAAGUGUCCACGUUGUGAUAAACAAGUUUAUAAGAAAGUGUACCUGGACGCGCACAUACGUGCUGUGCAUGAGGGUUAUGAAAAACCUUUUCUCUGUUUGGAAUGCCAAAAAGACUUCACACGUUACGAACAUCUGCAUACUCACAUUCAAUCGCAGCAUUUACUUAAACAAAGUUUCAUAUGUGGCUUAAAUGGCUGCGAUGCUGUCUUUAAAUUGAGCAAUACUUUGGAGACGCAUCGACAAGUCGUACAUACAGCUGCGUUUCCCUACGGACUGCAGGAUAUGUUGGAGCUACAUCAAGCGCAACUGAAUCAAGAAGUCGAAAUAAGUCACAUAUGUCAGCAAUGUUACAAGUCAUACAGUUCGAAGCGUGCACUCUCCGAACAUUUGAAACGUCAUGCCCAAAUCAAGGAACAUGUAUGCAAAGUAUGUGGCGUUGCCAAAGUAACACGCACUGAGUUAUUAACACAUAUGCGUACACAUAAACCGAAUCUGGAGAAAUUCAAGUGCAGCAUUUGCCCGCAGGAAUUCAAUCACAAAAAUGCCAUAUCCCGUCAUGUGCGUGUGGUGCACGAGGGUCAACGACGAUUUCCAUGCAGUUUCUGUCCCAAACGCUUUGGUACACGCAAUUCGCAGGUUUGUCACGAACGCUUACACACCGGCGAACGUCCGUUUAAUUGUGAGCUUUGUAACAAGCGUUAUGCGCAAGUGGAAGGUCUGAAAUCGCAUAUGAAAAGUCAUGACAAGAACUUGCGCAAACAUGUAUGCUCGUUUUGUUCGCAACGCUUUAUAACACGGAAAAAUCUAGUAGAUCAUGAAAAGCGCCAUCAAAGUGAUAAACCACAUAUAUGCAACACCUGUAGUCGCGGCUUCUUUUCAAUCGAAGAUCUUGGCGUGCAUAAGCAGUCACACACGGCAGAAGAAUUACGAGAGUUAGCCAGAAAUGAAUAUGAGUUGUAUCACGACGCAGGCGAUAGUCUUGGAGAACAAGCAAUGGAAAACGAAUCUAUUAACGAACGUGGUAGUCAGGCAUAUAUGGGCUAUAGCAGUUCGCAGAGUAGUAACUGAAUUGCAUCGAAGUAGAAUACAAUAGUAACUGAUUUGCUAAAUAUUCACGGAGUAAUAUAUAUAUAUUAUAUUGCAAACACUUUAAAAUACUUAUAAAUGUGUAAGGUUUGCAAACUUUGGAAUAUGUACGUGUUCAGGAAUAUGAAUUGGCUACCUUAAUUUAAAUACAAAUAUAUUUAUUAAACCAAAGUAA